GGGGUAGGGUUAAGGAUGGGAGAUGUGUAUCUGAUUGUCUACUGGACACCUUCCUCUGGGUAAACCCAGAACUUUCUCUCAAGAGUCACCUCCCUCAGCCCAGGUGGUGUUUACUUCUCAACUGUCACUGCUUCAUCUAUCCUCGGAUUCCCCUAAAUCUGUCAACUGUGAGGGGAUAGAGACUAAAGACGGUUCCAAGAAAGCCUUCCGGCCUGAAGUACAUAGAGUCUGCGCCCAGAGACUACAAUUUCCAGAAUCCUUUGCGCGCGGCUAAGGGGCGGAGAUUUGGGCGCUGUCUCCGUUAAGGGGGGGGAGAUGGCCGAGUCCUCAGGGUCUCCGCACCGCUUGUUGUACAAGCAGGUGGGCUCGCCCCACUGGAAAGAAACUUUCAGGCAGGGAUGUCUGGAGAGAAUGAGAAACAGCAGGCACAGGCUCCUGAACAAGUAUCGCCAGGCUGCAGGUAGCACGCCGGGAACAGCCUCAGACAGACUUCUUGUGCAAGAAGUAAUGGAAGAAGAGUGGACUUCUUUGCAUUCUGUAGAGAAAUGUCCAGAGACCUUGUUUCAGUUGGAAUUGCCACUGGACCUAGCUGUGCUGCAGGACAUCGAGCAGGAGCUGUAUAAUGAAGAAAAGUCCAUCAUAAGCGAGUACGAAAAGGGCUUAGAGUUUGAUGAAAGUUGUCUCAACAGCAUGUUGGCUGAGUGGGAAGCAAACUCCCUCAUCUGUCCUGUGUGUAUAAAAUACAACCUGAGAAUAAUGAACAGUGUGGUCACGUGUCCAUGUGGCCUGCACAUCCCGUUUCACUUACCUUUCUUGUCACUGAUAAGAAAGCCAGCACAGUAACUGAAGAGGAGAGGGGACAGUCCAUCAUGGCAGAGAAAACAUGGCAGAGGACUCCAUGGAGGUGGAAGCCAGGACUCAGUAGCUUGGCCAGUAGGACCUGUUCCUAGUAGCCUGUGUCCACCAGAAAGACCUUAUGGGUUUUGUCUGCAUGUAUGUCUGUGCAUCAUGCGUGUGUCUGGAAGGUAAGAAGAGUGUGUCAUAUCCCAUGGACCUGGAGUUGCAGGCGGUGAUUGUGAGCUGCCAUGUGCGUGCUGUCAUCCAGGGUCCUC